AUGUAUAUCUCUUCGACUAAACUACCAACUAAUGUAAAACCUCUGUUGACUAUGAAGUCGAUCAUAUCUAUUAUUAUGCACGUGAUUUUAUUCAAGUAUUUAGGUACUAUUAUGACCACGUUUGGAUUCAAUUUACAACUACUUUAUACAUUAACUGGUAUAAUGAGUGACGAUAUAGGGUCAGAAAAUCCCAAUUUACCUAGUAAAUCUAAUGAAUCCAGGGUUGGGAGGGAAAAUCAGAGAUAUAGCCCUAAAACUAAUGCAAGAAUGGUGGCAGGAUGCAUUUGCAUGAAUGCUACCAAAGAUAAGGUCAUAAUGAUUCUGUCUACUGCUCAUAAGAAUAGAUGGGUAUUUCCUAAAGGAGGGAUUGAGCUUGAUGAAGGGGAUGAUUUUGUUGUUAGUGCGGUAAGAGAAACGUGGGAGGAGGCCGGGUGUGAGGGAAAGAUAUUGAAUAAGUUACCAAUUGCAUUAGAUUCGAGAGGUAAGAAAGCACCAAUCUUAGAGAAAGGAAAAGAUUUUGACCCAAGUGGGGUUAUACCCAAGUCAGAGUUUCACUUUUAUGAAAUGGUGGUUGAUAAACUUAGUUCCAAAUGGCCAGAACUGAAAAAAAGACAGAGAAGGUGGUGCACGUACUCAGAAGCUAAACAUGAAUUAUUAAAAGCAAAAAGGCCCGAAUUGGUUGAAGCAUUAGACAACUCCUGUAUCAUCAAGGAUGUCGAGGGAAUCGCUGGUGUCGACGAAUAUUAA